AUUGGUGAUUUUUACGGCUCAUUUCUAGUAUCCACGUCAGGAAUAACCGCGAUCAGCUGCGACAUGACAGUUAAGGAGAGAUUGGAGGCGUACAGAAGCAAAAAGCGUAAGGAAAAAAUAAUGGAAUCAAUCAAGAACACAAUGAAAUACGCAUUUUCGUGGAGUAGCAAAAACGAAAUCGAGAAGUCUAUCGAGAAACCGAAGAAAGACGAGGAGAAUAACAUGGAAGAAAAUGACACGGAUGAUGACGCAGAUGAAGAAUGCAAAGAUCUUUUGGAGGAAGAGAAAGACAAACAAUUAUCCUACAAAGAUCCUCGAAUACUUUAUUUGACUUACAUGAUAGUCGUUGCAAUGUGGAUUAGUUUAUACAUGGUUGUACUCCGAUAUGAGUUUGGUACUGUUUACCUAGUGCUGUCAGCUCUGUUCUUCAUUUGCUGGAACACCAGAUCUGAUCCGAAGCAACCUGGCGAGCUCAGCGCUUAUUCUGUCUUCAAUCCGAAUUGCGAGGCAAUUGAGGGAACGCUCGAUGCGUCGCAGUUUGAAAAAGAAAUAAGAUAUGGUAUAGGAGGGGUACGAUAAGAUCAAGAUAGAAUUUCAAUGAACUCUGAGUACUGAUUUGCUGUUGAGAUGUAAUCCAUAUUUUGAUUUACUUAAUCUCGCGAUUGGAUUGCAGUGAUGGAGAGAUGAUUGUGUAUAUAAAUUUUCAAUAAGCAACUUCACAAUUUUAAAUUGAGUGACAUGACUCAGAUGUAAAUACAUGUACAUUUGUAUUUAGUUUUUUGGAAUUUGUAUAUAUUUAAAAGCCAAUGUGAUCUUAUUUAAUUUUACAAAAAACUUUAUAAAGCUGCAAAAAAUGCAUCCAGUAUAUAUAAAAUAUGUCCAAAUGUGCAUACAACAAAAGUUUAAAUUCUGACUCAUUAACCAAUUUUAAAAAUAGAAUUAUAGUUUUGUUCAUGCUA